AUGGAGGAUCCUCCUGACGACAAAGUAUCAGGCGACGGCUUUGGAAGCCUGCGUUCCACUUCUCUUCUGUCCCAGUUACCUCCGCAAAGGCGACAUCAACUGCAAGGCGACCAGAUGUCUCCUCUUCGGAACUCCUUCGGUGACAUGAAUCCAGGUGGUACAAGGACCUUGGGAUCCACGUCUUUAUCACUCUCAAUACCAUCGCCGUCGCAAUGGAAUCAACAAUCACGAGGACUGCAAGAAAAAACCUCUGCAGCAUCUUUCAUUCAAUCUUCCAGUACUAAUGUACUUUUGGGAGUUGCUUCAGCUCCAAAACCACGGCCACGACAAACAAUCGAGCAGAUUCGAGCUGCAUUCAAAGGAGCACCAAGAGAGAAUAAGAAAUUUCGUUCUGCUUUAGACGAGUUUUUCGCAGAACCACCAAGCGGAAGACAGACGAUGGCAGACAUCAGAGCUGAUGUUGUGCGCAGACAGCACGAAGAAAGAGAGCGUCAAAUAAACAAAGUCCGGCAAGAAGUGAAGAACAGCAUGCCAGCUUUAGAUAAUAGUUCAUCACUUCAAUCCGACACCAGCAUCCCAACAGAGAAUAUCUCUCUCGUAUCUCAUACCCACGGAAGGCAGCGCCGAUCGGAAAGGAAGAUUACGCGUAAGGAGCUUAAGAAAGCCAUCAAACAUGGGCAGAAAGAAGCUGCCAACCCAGGGCGGGAUGGUUCCACGCGCUGGCGAUACACCUACAACGGGGUUGUCUUUGUCACGGACGAAACCUCACGGCACGAAGUGACUUCUUGGCGCAUAGAUGUAAAUGAUGAGGAUGAAGAUGACUAUGCACCUCCUGAGGUGCAAUUGGCUGGCUCAGAAUGCCAUGCCGUACUCAUCAUUGAUCAUAGCGGUUCAAUGCGAAAUUCGGAUGUGAUUGGAUACGACAGCCGCGCCCAUGCGGUGUACGAGUGCCUAAAGCGAGACUUUGUCCGCGAACAACUCAAGUCAGGAGUGGUUAAGGAUGUCGUUGUAACAGUGAUAUCAAUGAGCAAUGCUGCAACCGUCCUUCUCCACAAAAGACCGCUGAACGGGUCCUUGAUUGGUGAUCUGGAACGCUUGUCCAAACGGCGACCAAGAUCACAUGGCAACUACAUUCCUGCGUUAGACAAAGCUUUGGAAGUCAUGAAAGCUGAUGCGGAAAAUACCUCCAGCCUUUUGUUACUCUUGUUUUCCGAUGGAGCUCCGAGUGAUCAUCAAAGCAGACAAUGCGAUCACGGCAUAGAUGUUUUCCAGAUCAAUAAAGAAAUUUAUCCCGAGAUGCAUCAUGACUCCAAAAUCCAGGCUAACAAAUGCAAGAAUAAGAUCACGAGAGAGGUGAGGGAAGAGUGCUGCCAACGGGUCAAGGCGAUUGGUCAAGUCUUUGGUCGAGACAAGGUGAUUUUUCGAACGCUUGCGUUCGGUCCUCCGAAAGAGAACUUUUGGCUGUUGGAGAAAAUGGCAAAUGUACUUCCUCGUGGGGACUUCCAGAAGCUAGGAUUGGAUGCUUCGAGUCUCAAGACAUCCUUCUCUUCCUUGAGCACCUCCCUUUCAACUCUUCGAUCCGAAGGUUCGGGACUCCGAACCGAAGGUUCGAGACUUCGAACCGAAGGGGGGGAUCGGACGUUGACUCCAAGGUUAGACAAGGUAGUGGACAGAAACCAACAGGUGGAUGUCACGAGCACAGAAAUCUCUGGGCAAGAUGGAUGGUGGAUAUAUGCCUUCGAUGAUUUUAUCGGCAAGUACGAGUUCAAGGGUAACAAGACCUCUCAUGGUCUACAGAAAGUCAACUUGAAGGAUGGAGUCAACGGAAUCGCUUUCUUGCAGCACCCUUUCGCAGAAGGAGCAGAGCGUUUUGUAUAUCGCUGUUCUGAAAUUGUUGCACAAACUCACCACUACAAUUCUGCCGCCUCAAAAGAGAAUCUGGCUGGGCGAUGCGGAUUGCGUCUUGUUGCCAAGGAAGCGAAGGACAUGGAAAACCACCACCAAGGUCGCAAGUUUCAUGAAACUUUUGCUCGGAUUCAAUCAGAGGCAGCUGAGCUUGCACAAGCGUUUACACUUCUUCUACCUCACGCUAGACCAGAAUGGAACGUCACCUUCAUCAAAACACACAUUUAUGGGUGUUAUGACCGCAACUACAAGUACGGCCAAGCUUGGAUCCUGGUCGAACCUGAACUAGAUGGGAAGUUCACCAAAUGGAACAAUAAUGGUGGCGAAAUUAGAGGCCGGCCUAGUGCCCCGGGGAAACUUCCACCUAUGAGUGACAUGGGCUUCUUGGAAGAAGAGGACUCUGAUGAGGAUGAUGAUGAGAUUGGUGCAAUCCAGAAUGAUGAUAUUCCACAAGCCUUUUCUCAUUUUUCUUAUGAACAUUCGAGAGGAAGACAACUUGUGUGUGAUUUACAAGGUGUCUGGAAUGCGGAUGAUGGCUUCAUGUUAACAGACCCGGUAAUUCAUCAUGUGAGCUUGGAAGGGAAAAGACAUACGAAUGGGGCAACUGAUCAUAGCAAGCGAGGAGUGAAGAAAUUCUUCGAGACGCACGUGUGCAACUCUCUUUGCAAAAGAAUGGGACUCGCGAAAAGGACACCGGACAUAUUGAUAUCAGGUUUGGAGAAUUGA